AUGGCUGCAGCUCCACUGAAAACAAUAGAAAAUGAUGAAAAUCUCGAAACAUAUUGUUUGAUUUGGCUUGAUGCCUCUGUGAAUACUGCAAAGGAAAAUCGUCAAAUUCAACAACAAUUACAAGCAAUAAUCAAUCAUUUAUUAACGUUUGAAGAUGAUCAACAAUGUCUUCAUUAUAUUAAAAAUCUUUCUGAAAACGAUCGAACUAUUUUAAUUGUUAGUGGAAGAUUUGGUCGAAUUAUUGUACCUCAAAUUGUUCAUCUACGACAGAUCACGUCAAUCUAUGUUUAUUGUUUUGAUAAAAAAGCUAAUGAACUAUGGUCACAGCAAUUUCCUAAAGUUAAAGGUGUAUUAAUUCGAUUGAAUGAACUUAUUGAACAAAUUGAAAAAGAUUAUAUUCAACAACAACAUGAUAAAAUUGAUGAACCAUUAUCAAUAAAAAUUUUUGAUGAAAAACAAAUAUCUACUGAUUUAUAUGAACAAUUUGUUCAUGAUCAAUUAUUAAUAGAUUGUCUUAUACGAAUGAAUUCAUCAUCGAAUGAUAAAGAAGAACUUAUUGCUUUAUGUCAACAAUAUUAUAAAAAGGAUAAUAUUCAAUUAAUGAUUGUUCAAGAAUUUGAAAAUAAUUAUUCAUCUGAAAAAGCAUUAUGGUGGUAUACGAGAUAUUCAUUUCUUUCUCGAUUAUUAAACAAAGCAUUUCUAACUCAAAAUAUUGAUCUAUUGUUUCUAUUUCGAUUUUUUAUUCAUGAUAUUGGAUGUCAAUUAGGAAAAGAUAGAUGUUUAUCACCAGUUCGUGUUUAUCGAAGUCAAUUAAUGUCGAAAGAAAAUCUUCAAAUGUUACAAAAUUCAGUUGGAAAAUUUAUAUCAAUUAAUUCAUUUUUAUCAGCAAAUAUGAAUUAUGAAAACACUCGAUCAUCUCUUGAUUUUGCUAAAUCAUUAAACGAUAUUAAAAGAGUUUUCUUUGAAAUUCGAGCUAAUCCUCAAUUGCACAAUAUUAAACCAUUCAACAAUAUUCAAUCACAUGGUUAUUUUCAAAAUACAAACGAAAUACUUUUUAUGGUUGGAUCAAUCUUCCGUAUUGAUGGAAUUAAAUACCCUGAUGAUCAUAUAUGUAAUGUUCAAAUGACUUUAUGUUCAGUAGAUGAACAAGAAUUAAAACCAUUAUUGGAACAUAUGAAGAGAGAUUUAGGUAUUGGAAAAACAAAUCUUAUUCAAUUUAGUAAUGUUCUUCGUCAAAUGAGAAAAUUAGAUAAUUCUGAAAAAUAUUGUCGUCGUUAUCUUAAUCAAUUACCGAAUGGUCAUCCAGAUAUUCCUAAUUGUUAUCAUACAUUCGCAAUGAUAGCAGAAUCGAAAAAAAAUUUUAUGUUAAGUCUAAAAUGGUACAAGAAAUCAUUGAAAAUCUUUUCAAAAACACUAAAACCCAAUGAUUCGAAUAUUGCUGAGGUAUAUAAUAACAUUGCUAAUGUUUAUUCAAAAACAAAUGAUUAUACAAAUGCAAUGGACUCAUAUCAAAAAGUAUUGGAGAUUUGGAAGAAAAUUUAUGAUGAUAAUCAUCCUCGUAUAGCUCAAUGUUUGAAUAAUAUUGGUGUAGUCUAUGAAAUGAAGAAGAAAUAUUCUGAAGCACUCGAUUGUUAUCAGCAAGCAUUGAAGAUUUUAAAGAACAUUCCUUCUUCUAAUCAUCUUGAUAUUGCUAUGACCAUUCGAAAUAUAGCUUAUGUUUAUGAAUUAAAGGGUGACUUUCAGCAAGCAUUAGUUUAUUAUGAAAAAGCAAAGAAAAUCUAUCGUAAUUCAUUACCUUCAACCCAAAUUUAUAUUAAUGAAAUUGAGAAAAGUAUACGACGGAUUUCAUCGAAAUGA